AUUUUGUAUUUUGCUCUUGAUACGGUCGGACGUGAAAAAAUAAAGUUUUACAAGUUGGCUAAAUAUCUUAAUACAAGAAAAAAGAAAAUCUGAUAAAUAAUAUAACAAAUUGAAAAGAAAUAUUUAAAGUAUACCUAACGGUCUAACGGUAGUUGAAAAGGAGUAAUGCAAGUUGGAUGAAACGAUAAAGUAAAGCAAAAAUCAACGAGAGUUACCAAAACGGCCACAAUCAUGACAAAUCUUCCAGAAGAAAAGCUUAAGAGCCUGAUAAAAUGCGAAAUCAAUUUGAAGUCUAAAGAAUUUCGUAAAUGGUUUUUGAAACAAUUUGAAGUCGAUGCUGCUGGUAACAAUUUUUGUACUUUAGAAGAGUUUGCUGUUUAUUUUCUAAAUACAUUACGACAAUAUACCGAGAUACAUUUGAAGACAACGAGUGGCACUGAAACACCAAAAUGUCAAACUCCUGUACGAGCCGUAAAAUCGAAUAUUUGCAGAGAAGACUCAAAUACUCCCAGACGUUUAUUAAUGGAUCUGUCACACCAAGAUACAUCUACUCCCAAUCUAAGUUUAAAAAAUGGUCAUUUGAAGAAUAAUUCUUGCAUCGAAUUUGAUUCACACUCAACACCGAAACUUAGCACAUCAGUUGAUCGCUUGGGGUUUUCACACAAUAACUCGACUUCAACACCGGUAAGGCGUAAUGUAUCAAAUAAUAAUUCACGCAGACUAUCGACUACACCCGGUUCGGCUAAUAAAAGUACUACAUCUAGUUUGUGCUUGGGUGACUUUUUGGUCAUGAAUACGUCUACCAACAAUCGUUCUCACAAGAAGAAAACCACACCUACAUCCAAUCAGCAGACUGCUCAAAAAUCGCAAACAGAAAAGCCUAAAAAACGUUUGCAACCAAUAAGUAUAAGUAAAACGGUGGAAACAUGCUCUACUUCGUCAGUAUUUGCCGGAGAGAGUUCUUUUAGCAAUGAAAACAAUAUACUUAAAAUAUCUAAUAACGAAUUGGAGGAUAAGGAACAAUGUGCCAUAUUGGCAGCACGCAAAUCUUUGGCAUUAAAUUCCAGCGAAAUAAGCAAAGAAAUAAAGAAUGUAUCCAUGCCCUUAAUGCCGCUGGCUAGCGAAACAAUUUCCACUAGUACACCUGCCAAAGAAAUUGUAGAGGAGGAUAUUGCACUAGAUCUAAAAAAAAUGGAAAAUAAUUUUGCACUCAAACGUCUAGCAGAAAUUUAUGCCAUAAUCAUUGAUUUAAAUUUGUGCACAAAUAUAUUGAAUGAAUUGUCCUUUCUUUUGAACCUAUUAAAUGCCACUAAUACAAAUAGUCUUGUAACUGAGGCCUGCGAUCAUAUGGAACAGUUAUACUUACAUGAAAAUCAAACAAAUGAAGAAGGUCUCGCUUGUCUAGAGAAUUUAUCUAAUGCAGUUUAUUUUGCUUUAUUGUGUCUGAGCCGUCAAAAACUUGCACUAGGAUCUUUGGAUGCAAAAACUUUGGGGGUAGUAUUGAUAAGUCAAAGAUUUUCUUACUUAGACGAUGAUGUCAAAGCUUACUUAUUGGAGGUUUAUCAACGCAAACAACAAUUGGUGGCGGAUAAACCAUUUUGUGACACUUCCUUAUGUUUUGAUUCGAAACCUUGCAACAAUGUAUACUUUCAGCAAGAACAAGAUUCAAGAGACAAUUUCACUUCUCACAAUGAAUUUGCCAAUUUUCGGGCUCAAAGAGAUUUGUUUUAUAAAUGUUUAAAAAUUUGGGAAUCCAAUCAUUUAAAUCCCAUGUGGAAAUUUUCCUCAGACAUCACACCAAAAAUUAGGGAAAUAUUUCAACUAUCUGAAAAUUGCAUUAAUAUGGCUCAUUUAGCUAAGCUCUUUGUUUCACAACUGCUACUAUCCGCCUCGAAUGCUACAUCACCUGAGGAAAUUGGUUUGGAUGUGGAUUUGCAAAAAUUCUCCAAACUCACUCAACGUUUAAUAGCACCCAGUCAGUUUAGUGUGGAUUAUCAGUUUCCACGCACUGAAGCAUUUUUUCGUGAUUUUAUUCUAGAAGCUCGAUCUCUUGCAUUUUUGGAACAAUUAAAAAUUGAACUUUAUACAGAGUUAACUACGCAAAACGACUCCUCAUUGGAUCAAAUCGAUAUAAGCAAAGCAGAAAAUGAUGCGGAAGAAAAAAAUUUGUCUUUAAUUGACUACCUACCAAGCGAUAUUAUUGUAGUAAGACCAGAUAUUUUAAAUUCCAUGUUAAUUUUGGCCAAAUUUCUUGGUUACACUAUAUCCCUGCCUUAUAACCUCAGCAGCAGCAAUACAAUGCCGACCCAAGUUGAAAAGAAUCAAGUGCGUCUGCGUUCGUUAAUGCAACCUACUUUCGAUUUGUCAGGUUUACUUGAACAAGCCAUUGAACAGGGUAAAUUGUUGAUAGCCAUUCCUUGGCUGGUCCAAUAUUUCGGCAUGUUGGAUAAUGUCACUUUACAAUUGGAAAACUAUAUGAAAACUUUAAAACUUAUGUACGCUUUGUAUACUUAUUUGGGUCUAGAAAAAUCCAAACCAUUCAACAACUCUUCACUAUUUAUUAUAAAACUUUGCUUAGGCUGGUUAUUCGAAACUAAACAAUUUAUUGCAGAACAAUAUUAUAACUAUAGAGCCGCACUUAAGGUGAAAAAUUCUUUCGAAUCUACUAAUGAGUUGGAAUUUAUUAAAACUAAAUUGAGACAACACAACGGACCUGAUCACCUUGCCCUAAAUCCAUAUCUAGAAUCUCUUUUACCCAUUGCUUGUCCAUUUUUGGCCGAAUUUAGAGUAUCCAUAAUGCCAGCGAAAUAUGCCCAAACUAAAAAUGCUUCAAGAACAGGACGUUAUCGUCACAUAACUACAAGAAUUGCAGAACUACCUAGUACCGCAGAGGUCAAAGAAGAUGGUGCAAAUAAUUUAAAUGAUAAGCAAAAUAAAACCUCUCAAGUACAAAAAUCUUUAUUACAAGCAUUUCUGCAUUCUCAAAAUGCAUCCACUCGACAAAUUAUUAAGUUUUGUACCGAACGAUGUUACAAAAGCGUUGUAAAGGACGGUCAGCAUAAAAUACUUCUGCCCGCUAAAGCAAAUGCAGACAAUUUGGUCAAUGAAAUUACUUCAUUUAAUUAUCAUUUGGUGUUUAACAGUAUUAAAACCAUAUACAGCGAUGCCUAUACACAAGUUAAAAAAGAGUGGAAUGAAUCUAUACCCAAAAUGUUGCAUAAACGUAUUAAUAAUGCCUUGGACAGCCUCUUGCCAGAUGAAACCUCAACUGUUUUGAAGCGAACCUACUUUAUGAUCAUUGAUAGUGAAGCCAAAAUGAAAAUAUCUCAAUGGUUCGAGGCGAAUAUUAUCAGAGAGAACUUUUUUUGUGCCAAUCUUCAAGAAAUGGCCAACAAAAUCUGUAGUGCUAAUAAAAAUAAAGUCCAAGUAGGUUCCACCCAACUAAUCAUCAUCAAAGAGACACCAAGUGUAUCUGAUUUAAUUGAUGAUUUACAAUACUGGUUACACUGUACCUCUAUAAGAGUGGAUCGUUUCAAAGAUUCUAAACCGCUAAUUACACUUUUCACAAAUCUGACAAAGGCCUUUGAAAAUGAAUUGCCUUCAUUUUUGUAUCAUUUACUUGGGGCUGGUAUAAUACAACUACUACAACAUAUAACAACUAAACACCACACUCAACUAACUGAUCCACUAAUAGAAGCUGCUUGUGAAGUUUGGCUGCAUCCUAAUAUGCAAAAGGCAUUAAAUAGUUUUUCCUCUUCUGGCAUUUGUAUUUAUGAUGCUUUAAUAACCAUUGCAUUUAUUGAAUCUCUAGGCACUAGAACACAUUGUUUUAAUAAAUUAGGCCACUUGGUGGUGUUGAUGAUUAAAAAACAGGUCAUUAGCGUAAAUUAUGCCAAUGAGCUGUUCGUUUCAAUUUUUAAACACGAAUGGCACCCUAUUGUUUUAACAGAAAUUUCGAAUAUGUUAAGGACCAUUGCAAAUGAGACUGCUGGAGUGCCACAGAAAACUCAUGAUAAUGACAAGGAUAAUGACGAUGAUGAAGACAACGAAAAAUCUAAUUUAUUUAUGGAUAUGUUAGCCGAUUUAUCGCGAGAUGUUGAUUUCUUUUAAAGUUAAAACUGCUUUUUUUUAAGAAUAAUUAUUGUUGUAUGUUUUUGUUUUAAUUUUCUUAAUUUAAAUAAAGAUUUAUUAUAGUGUUAAUGAAUUUUAAAAUUUCAA